AUGUCGGACUUCUAUGCAACCGUGUCGGACGGCUCAGACAUGUUGGACGACUCAGACAUGUCGGACGGCCCAGACAUGUCGGACGGCCCAGACAUGUCGGACGGCCCAGACAUCAAAGCACCUCACUAUACCGACUUCAUCGAGCGGGAGGCAAACCUCAUCAAGGCUGAGCAGGAGGCGGAGAAAGCCGGCGUUAUGGGAGGCCUCAACCAGGAGGAGCAACUCAAGAAUUACACCAUGCUGGUUGAGAAGGUCUCUUAUCUCAUCGUACGCCUAGAGAAGGCAGAGGAGCAGGCGAAGGACCUUAGUUACCAGGUGGAAGAUCUCAAGGAGCAGGUACACGAGUGCAACAUCAGCACGGAAUUUAUAGUGGACGUCAAGAAGAUAAUCCGGGAGAGACUCGACGCCAAGGCGAUGAAGAAGAAGAAGUUGGACGAGAUCGAGGACAAGAAGAGAGAUUUAAUGACAAGGCUCAAGAAACUGGAAGAGGAAGAAUCGAGUCUCAAAUAGCCGGGGACGAGAGGACCAUUGGAAAAAGUCCCAUAAAGGAAUAUCCAGCAAGAAGCUCAUGGGAAGUCUGAAAAAUUCCCAUAAAGGGAUAUCCAGUAAGAAGCUCAUAGGAAGUCUUGAUUUCACUGAGGAACUCAGCAAGAAGCGCAC